UAUAAACUCGAGCGCAAGAAGGUUCCUGAUAUAGAUAGAUCGUGUCAGACUUCUUUUAGUGUUCAAGCCAUAAUACUAGUCUAAAUCAUCACAAUGGAGAAACCUACCGUUACUUCGAACAACUACGGCCCGCCUGCUGAGCAGUCUCAGCACCCCGAGCACGCUCAAGAGAGCAUUCCCAACGACCAGCAACCACCGCAGUACGAUAACCGCGACUUUAGCUCUCCUCUCGCCCAACCACCUCUCACAAACAACCAUCCUACCAGUCCCCCACCUACACACCAACAAGAUGGAGGUUUUCCACCAGCCCAGCAGCAGAACUACCACAGCGUGCCGAUCCAGAACCUACAAAGCCAGAGUGCACCGGUAGUUUGCCCUAGCUGUGGUGUGAGAGCCAUGACGGUUACAAAGGCUGAGUCUGGAGGAAUGAUGCAUGCUGUUGCGGCGGGCGUCUGCUUUUUUACCUGUUUGGGUUGUAUUCCUUAUUGUAUUGAGUCGUUGAAGGAUGUUCAUCAUCAGUGUGGAAAUUGUAACAUGCCGCUUGCUAGUUACCACCGAAGUGGCAGAACUGAAGUGCGCUACUUCCAGAAGUAAGGAAGAUGUUGCAUGGCGAGAAUGUUGUUUUGCUUUGAGUUGGUUGCAAUAUGAUACCACAUGGAUUAUUAAUUGGACUUUUCGUUGCUAUUAAUUGAACUUUGAUCACUGCCCAGUGUAUGUACCAGUAAACAUUUGGCUUUGAUGAUCUCGAAUUGUGUUUUUUAUGCGAUAACACUCGC